AUGAGUAUAGAAGAUGUAUUCCCUAAACAGGCUGGGAUGACAAGGAAAAUAUUUAAGGCUAAAGAUACUGUCGCAGCUGCAGGGUACAGAUUUGAUGAUCUGGUGUCAAUGACCUCUUUCUCGAUUAAAAAGAUGUAUGCAGCUCUCAGAGUUGAUUUUCCCAAAGUACAGUGGAGGAGGAUGGUGUGCAACAACUUAGGAAGUCCUAAAUGGACUUUUCACUUGACUUUAGUAGCUCAUCGCAGCCUAUAUACAAGAGAUCGACUAGCCAAAUGGGGAAUGACAAAUGACACUUCAUGCCCACUUUGUGAUGCAGCAGACGAGACUAUUGAACACUUAUUUUUCCUAUGUAACUUCUCAUCUCAACUGUGGAAAAAACUUCUUACAGGGCAACAUAUACAAAGACACGUUAUGGGAUGCAAUCAAGAACUGUACUGGGCAAUUAGAAAAGCAAAGGCGAACACUUACAUAAUGGUGCUUGUAGGAUGUGUCUACCAAGAUUGGCAGGACAGGAACCUUCGUGUGUUUUAG